AACAGAAGUCAGAACAACAUCGAAAUUUGAAUUACGAUUUCCUAUUGUUUUCAUAGAUUGUUGCCGGCGAAACCACAAUUAAUUCAUAUCCGUUUUACUGAAAUAAACUGAUAACAAUUGUCUUAUGACAGCAAAGCUAUAAAAGCACGAUAAAUAACGCAUAUUGUACAGUCUUUUCUUGUUACUGUACGACGUACGUGGAAAUUAUAGUGCUGAAAUGCAGCUGUUCUUCGUGUUUGUUUCAGUGUUACUUUUGAUUCCAAAAGAAUCCCUAAUAUCAGCCGGUACCGGGUCAGUGGAGCUAGAUGAAAUUUCGUUUGAUAAAAUAGUAAACGCAUUUGACGUAGCAUUGGUGAAGUUUGAUGUAGCAUUUCCAUAUGGUGAUAAGCACGAUGCCUAUGUUGCUGUUGCGAAAGAAGCCAAAGAUAUUAAAGAACUAUUAGUUGCCGAGGUUGGCGUGAAGGAUUAUGGGGAGAAAGACAACGAAAGAUUAGCCUCUAAAUAUGGGGCAACGAAAGAAAACUUUCCUGUUGUAAAACUGUUUAUAAAAGGAAAGAAAGAGCCCGUAACAUUUGAUGAAUCGAAAGGAUUCAAUACUGAUCAGUUAAGACGAUUUGUAAAACAGAAUACUGGAAUAUAUCUGAGUUUGCCAGGUUGUAUUAGAGACUUAGACAUGCUGGCAAUGGAGUUCAUGAAGACUGACAGAGAUGGUAGGAAAGAUGUACUGAAGAAGACUAAAGACUCUUUAAAAUCAAUAGUUAACGAGAAUAAGAGUAACAGCAAAAUUUAUGUCACAUUGAUGGAGAAAAUUUUAGAAAAAGGUGAUGAAUUUGUGACAGCUGAAAACAAAAGGGUAGAAAAAAUAUUGACCGGUAAAAUAUCUGAUGAGAAAAAGAAAGAAAUUGGACAGAGGAUUAACAUUCUACAGUCCUUUAAGCUACAUGAAGUUGUUGACAAAGAAGAGUUGUAAAAUACCUCAAUAUCAGAUUACCCCUAUGAAUAAUUUGCGCUUAUAAACUCUAGUUACCUAAUCAAAUUUAUUUUAAUAUUUAUACAUCAUACCUAUUGUAUAUAUUAUGUACCUGUAACCUGAGAGGUUGCGGGUUCAUAUCCUGCAUGGUUAGUGAGGGAUAUCACUUUAAAAAUAAUAUAUUGAUCAUACAAUUAAUAUAAAAUAUCACUCACUAUGUUAUGUGGUAUUUAACCAUAAAGUCCUCAAAUGGCGACUUUAUGGUUGGUGUCUUUAUACUUAGUGUUGGCAGGCGCCCCACAAGAUGAACCAACGAUAUGGUCAAGAUCGCCGGAAUACAUUGGAUCAUCAAGCGCCAAAUUUAUGCUAGGGGUAAUGCUGUAUUUAUUAAUUAAUGAUAAUUCAGUGCUACACAAGUGUUCAAGAAUUCAGCAGAGUUCAUAGAUAUCUUAAGAUAUUUAACUAAUUGAUAAGGUGUGAAAUGUCAGAAUAUUUCUGUACCUAUUUAUUUGUGUAAAAACGAAAUUUUCUUUUUAUUUCACAGCUGAUAAAUCAAAGAUUCUACAAGUCUAUGGCUAAUAUUAUGUUUAGUAUUAUUUUUAUUUAAAAAGAUUUAUCUAUAUUUGUCAUAGUUUAUACAUUAAAUAUUUUCAUCCCUAUUUAUCAGAAUAAUCUGUUAUUCUAGGCUAUGAAAUUCUUUAUUUCAAGUUUUGAUUUUCUUGUGUAGGUACAUGCAAAUUAGUGUUAAAUGAAAGAGCAAUUUUAGAACCAAAGUUUUACCAGUGGGAGACUAGGCAAUCAGUAGAAAUGACGAGUGCAACUACGAUGGUGAUCAGUUUAUUAGGGUUUUUCAUGAAUCCUCAGCAUCACAGCUUUCUAAUUAGCACUAUUUAUCACCAUUCACCAGGCGAAAAUAUUGCUCGUAUUGUAACUUAAUUAAAAAAAAAGUUCCUGUACAUAACCAAUAAUGGAUCAUUAUUUCAAAAUUGCACCAAGUAGGGUUGGCAUAAAAAAAUAUAUGAUCAAUAUUUUUUUUUUACAACAAUGAUUAAGUAAUCAUAGUUACACCAACUUAAUUUCCGCUGUGGAUUGAUGAUGAAGUGUGCUAAAAAGAACUAAUUAAGAAUUUGAUUACAUUCCAAGUUGCUAUGUAAGUACUUACUACUAUAUUCAUAUCAGCUGUGGAAAUGGCUCAGGGUAACUGAAAUGUUAGCACUAAAAUAGACAUAGAGGCGAAAUGUGUGACUUGUUUCCAGUUUUUAUGAAUAAAUGUGUUGAUAUA